CCGCCCGGUGUCAGGUGAGGGGAGAGGCCGCGGACGGCGAGGCCCGAGGCCCGAGGCCCUCCCCCCCACUAUGGUGCUGAUGCUGGCCGUCCUGUGCCUGCUCCUCCUGGCCCUCAGCGUCUUGUUUCUCGGCCGGUGGCUGUUAUCAAAGCUCGCCACACAUAUUGCCCACAACAGGCUGAAGGUGGAGUUAAAAAUCGGUUCCAUCGGCUUCUUCUCCCUGCACAAUGUCAUCAUCAAAUUCCAGGGACACCAGACCUUGGAAGUGGACAAGAUCUGGAUUUCCUGCCGGCUGAUCAACUACACGUUACCUCUCUACUUCGCUCUGUGUGUUGGAGAAAUCCGUCUACGAGCUGACCUACAGGCAUGUCAGGAAGGUCCACCUCCCAGAACCAGCUCCGCGGAGAGGAAACAGGUGUCCAUCAACCCCUCAGUUCUGCGCAUCCUGGCCCAGUUCUGCUCAUUACACAUUGGUUCCGUGAAUGUGAUGGUAUUAAACGCUGUAGUCCCAGAGUCUCUCUGGCAUCUGUCUAUCACAACCACCAAAUUUCUCCUGAACACACGAGGGAACAGAGUGAUUUGCCAGGCCGUUAUCAGCCGGAUGAGCAGUAAAAUACUGAAGAGUAGCCAGCUGGACUCCUGCCUCGCCGAAGUGUCUCUGAACCUCGAUGUACGUCUGGAUUUAUUGUUGCCAGAGCUGAAGCCCGUCAACGUGCAGCUCAACCUGCAGACCCUGCAGUCGGAGUUAAACGAAGGGUUUUUCCAUUGGAACCUGCAGAGAGCAGCGGAGACUAAGCCAGAGCCCAGCGAUGGGCACCUUCUGCAGGAGCCACCUGCUACCGUUGCUGCUUCUCCCCCAGCACCGAGCUCCUCACCGGGGAGUGGAGACCCCAGAGAGGCUGAAAACGCCGAUCGCAAUAUUUCCCCAGCGUCCAACUCCACUUUCCUCCGGUACUUGCCUCCAAACCUUUCCCUGAAGAUAGACAGCAGCUCAGUUGGCUUGUCUCUGAACAGCCAACAAAGACGCAUGAACUGGACUCUGAAGACCUUCCAAUUCCAGUACAGCUGUGACAGCGACUCGUUUCCUAACUUCAUGCCAUCCACUGACUUGCCAUUCAUGGACAUGCAGCUGGGGUUAGAAGGUGGAUUGCUGCUUUCUCCGAGCCGGCAGAGAAUUGUAACUCUCAACAGUCUGCAAAGCACUUUCCAAGUCACCCCAAACAGCACUGCCAUUUCGGUCAAUGUGAACACCUUUAUCGUACACUACCGACACGCUGAGUUUGCUGACUGGGUGGAUUUAUUGCUGUUGAAACGACCACUGUAUUCAGUGCCUAAAACCACAAACAGGCAGCAUCCUCUGCUCUCCACCCACGUCCUGCUCAACAUCUCCCUGAGGAACCUGAGCCUGUCGGUGCAGUUUGAGGACACGCCGGCCUUUGCUCUGAGCUUUGCUUCUGUCUUGGCAGACAUGGAAUACCUGAAGAUACACCAUGUUCACAGUCGCGGAAACCUGUCCUUGGAGCUCCUGGUGUGGCGGGUGGGGGAGGGGUCUCAAAUCCAGAAGGCGCCCUCUCCUCCCAGUGUACACACCUGGGGAGAUGCGCUUGUCGUGCACUUGGUGACGAUACAGGGAGGUUUCAAUCAGGCCGAGUCCUAUUCCAACAUCCUCCACCUGGACGUCUCCGUCCACGGGCUGCAGGCUGAAUCCUCGGAGACCUGCAUCCAGUGCUUGGCCAAAAUGCUGACUCUGGUCCGCGCCGAGAUCCAGAGGAUGUCCAGACCCAAGCUGGCGCUGGGCACCCCCAGUCCCAUCAAUUUCUCCUCGCCCGCCUCGCAAAUCGGGUCAGACACUCCGCAGUGGAAGCUGGACGUUAAGCUGGAAGAUGUGAGCAUGUUUACUGUGUGCCGGACAGCAGGUGCCUGUGCGGUGCGUGUGAAUCGCAUGACCGUCUCUGGUGGGCUGGACAGUGUGAGCUAUGAGGUGCAGGAGCUGUCCGUGGUGCUGGUGCAGACACUGGAGGAUAAUGUGAAAACCCUGGGCAUUCCUGAGCCCAUCCUCUCCCUGGCCUCCUUCUCAGUCACCUACUACACGAACACCUCGACACUCGAGGUGGCUUUCUACGAAGACGUCAGCGUACGCUGGACCCCCAGUCACCACAUGUACCUCUUCCAACACGUCACCGAAGCCCUCCGUUACCGCGAGACCCUGACCCAGCCCGGCGACCACCCCAACCUCAUCCCCACCGCUGCCUCCCAGCAGUCGGACCGCAGGAAGGCGAAGAUUCUGCUUCUGGAUGUGGAGCUGAAGAGCGCUAAAGUCAACCUGUGCCUGACAGACAGGAACUUCAUCCAGUUCCGGGUGGACAACCUGGGCCUGACGAGCAGCGGGUCUGCCCUGCAGGUCAGGGCCUCGCAGUUCGUCUGCAACUUUGACGGGUUUGACAUCUUCACGCUGAGCGGAGGGAGCGUGCGGGCCCUGCAGGACGACAAGGAGCUGCAGCAGCAGCGAAGUCUCUACCCCUCGCUGAAGACACAAAGGAACCGGAUCUGGGUCGUGGCUCUGGCCAGCGCCACCGUCACCUUCCCCUUCCGUUACAACUUCUCCAGCACCUUCGACAAGGGAGUCACCGUGCAGAAAUGGCUGAAGGGGCUGCACAGGACGGGGGAGACGAAGGAGGGGGAGGGGGCCGCCCCCAAGCCCCUGCCUCCGCUUCCCCCUGACCUGGUCUUCCUGGUCGAGCAGUUCUCCUUCGUCUUCCUCGACGACGUGUUUGAGGUGAAGCUGCGCGACAACUACGAGCUGAUGAAGGACGAGAGCAAGGAGAGCGCCAAGCGGCUGCUGCUGCUGGACUCCAGGGUGGCCGCGCUCAGGAAACAGCACGGGGAACUCCUGCCCGCCCGCAAGAUCGAGGAGCUGUACGCCUCCCUGGAGCAAACCAACAUCAACAUGUACGUGCAGCGUUCCAAGCGCCUGUACGCCAACACGCCCAUGAGGAGGGCUCUGCUCACCUGGACCAUGGGGGAACUGGAGAUCUGGGCCUUGGCCGACCAGUCCUUCCACGGCCCCCAGCAGGUGCUCCAGCACAUGAGGGAGAUCGACCCCCUCAGCCCUCUCCCCGACAGCGGGCUAAACCUCGUCAUCCAGUGGUGCCGGCUGGUCAGAUUCAGCGUCAAGGCCUUUCUGGUUCGGAUCCGGGAUUAUCCACGGUACCUGUUUGAGAUCCGGGACUGGAAGCUGUCCGGGCGGCUGAUCGGGAGCGAGCAGGAUGGACACCCGCUGGCCCUACGCACGGAGAAGCUGCUGCUGGGCGCUCCCUGGGGCAAUGUCACCGUCCACAGGAACAUGCCUCCACUCAAGUGGUACCAUGAUUUCCACUCGGAUAUCUCCCUCUUCACUAUCGUGUGGGGACCAUGCUGGGACCCCGCCUGGACUCUGAUCGGACAGGCUGUCGACCUCCUGACCAAGCCCACCUUUGACCCCAGCCCACCUCUGACCUGGUGGGACAAGAGCCGCCUGCUCUUCCACGGCUGCUGGGCAAUGGACAUCGAUCAAUCCAAUUUGCACCAGCUCGCAACGGAGGAUCCGUACAACACCACCGAGAACAUGCACUGGGAGUGGAACAAGCUGAAGUUCAGCUGGAAUCCCUGUCAGUUUGUCUUCAAGGGGGACCUGGACAUUAACGUCCGCACGGCUUCAAAGUAUGAUGACUGCUGUUUCCUCCACCUGCCUGAUCUCUGCAUGACCUACAACCUGCAAUGGCUGUGCAGUGGUGACCCUCACAACCACCACAGUGUUAUGCUGUGCUCACCAGACAGCGUGACUCAGGUGCCCAACACACAGAGGCACGACUCGUACCGAGUGUUCCGUUCCGAGAACGUCAACCUGUCCAUAACCAUGGAUCUGAACUGGCCAGGAAGGGAGAGCACAGAGCCCCGGGUGUUGCUGUACAGCAGUACACUGCGCUGGAUGCAGAACUUCUGGGCCACGUGGACGAGUGUCUCCCGGCCAAUCUGCCGUGGCAAGCUCUUCAGCAACCUCAAACCCGGCAAGAAGAAGCUGAGUCAGCACUACAAGCAGCUCUCCUACAAUCCGCUCUUCCCACAGCUCCAGGUCCAUUACUGGGCGUCGUUCGCACAGCAGCGCGGCAUCGAGGUGCAGUGCAGCCAAGGCCACGUGUUCACACGAGGAACCCAGAGGUUCAUCCCCCAGACGGGAGCUGUGCUGCGUCGCCUGAUCUGGGAAUGGAACAUCACGGAGAUGCGCAGUGACCUGAGUCUGGUGACGGUUUUCCUCAUGGCCUCCACGGCUGAUGACAGCGCGGAGCACGGGCUGAACAACCAAGUCACCAAGACCCACCUGCUCAGCGUCUCGUCCCUCAGCUACCAGCGCCUGAGCAACAGGAUGGAGGAGGAGAUGGCUGUGAAAGAGGACAGGAAUUACACGCACAAACUGUGCCUCGUUGACCUGAGAGCCUCCUGGACGACGACCAAUCGCAACAUAGCCUUUGGGCUGUACGACGGGUACAAAAAGGCGGCUAUGCUGAAGCGGAACCUGUCGACGGAGGCACUGAAGGGGUUAAAGAUCGACGCCAACUUGCAGGCCAAGAAGCUCAAGCGGUCAAUGGUGCCGAACUUGCCGACUAUCCUCAAAACAGCCGAGAGCCCCGAGCUGAGGCAACGGGACGGCACCUCCAUGCUGCAGAAGCUGAUCGAAGAGACGGACAGGUUUGUGGUGUUCACUGAGGAGGAGUCGGGAGUGCGUGACCAGCUGUACGGCAGCGCUGCCUGUCAAGCAGACGAUGUGAUUAACAGGAACUGGCUGAUUGAGUUAGUCAACUCCCAGGUGAUGCUGCGCGGGGCGGAGACGGAAGGCUGUGUGUUUGUGAGCGCGGCGAAGGCUCAGCUGUGGCAGUGUCAGCACUACCCCUCCUGGUACAGCCACGCUCUCAAACAGAAGACCACCUGGACCUGCCUGCUGGACGGGAUGCAGUAUUUCGCUACCAUGGAGACAAAGCCCGCGGAGAAGGAGGAGGAAUACCAGCUGUGGCUGGAGGUGAAAAACAUCGAGGAACACCGGGAGAGGAACCUGGAUUCAGUGGCGGAGCUGAUGGAGAGCGGCCAGGCGGUGGGGGGGAUGGUCAGCACCACCACAGAUUGGAAUCUGCCGGCUCAGGAGCACCAGACGCAGCAGGUCCAGAGGAUCAUUUCUCGCUGUAGCUGCCGGAUGUAUUACGUCAGCUACAGCCACGACAUCGACCCCGAGCUGGCCACGCAGAUCAAACUGCCCGAAGUCAGGCAGGAUCAGAAGGAAGACCUGCUGAAGAAGCAAGAUGGGGCUGUGGACACGUUCACUUUGAUGCAUCAUGACCUGGAGAUCUCCACCAACCCAGUGCAGUACGCCAUGAUCCUGGACAUCGUCAACAACCUGCUGCUCCUCGUGGAGCCAAAGCGUAAGGAGCACAGCGAGCGGAAGCAGAGGGUGAGAUUCCAGCUGGAAAUCUCCAGCAAUCCCGAGGAGCAGCGGAACAGCAUCCUCCACCUGCAGGACGCAGUGAGGAAGCACGUGGUGCGUAUCCGGCAGCUGGAAAAACAGAUCUACCUCAUCGUCAAGUCCCUGCAGGACGACAUAAAGAAUGAGUCGUUGUUGGAACAAAACCAGAGGCACCAAACCCAGCUGAACCAGGAGAAAGCGGCUCUGCAGGCAAAGAGUGAGGAGCUCAACAUCCUCAUCAGGUGCUUUAAGGACUUCCAGCUUCAGCGGGCGAACAAGUUGGAGUUGCGUAAGCAGCAGGAGGACGUGAGCGUGGUGCGCCGGACUGAGAUCUACUUUGCGCAGGCCUGCUGGCGGCUCACAGAGGAGGACGGGCAACUGGGCAUCGCUGAGCUGGAACUGCAGAGGUUCCUGUACAGCAAGGUGAAUAAGUCUGACGACACCGCGGAGCACCUGCUGGAACUGGGCUGGUUCACCAUGAAUAACCUUCUCCCCAACUCCAUCUACAAGGUGGUGAUUCGGCCGCAGAGCCAUUCGCAAUCGGGCCGGCAACUGGCUCUGAGGAUCUUCAGCAAAGUCCGUCCGCCCGUGGGUGGGAUCUCGGUGAAGGAGCACUUUGAGGUGAAUGUGGUGCCGCUCACCAUCCAGCUCACCUACCAGUUCUUCAGGAGGAUGAUGGGCUUCUUCUUCCCUGGGAGAAACGUGGAGGAUGAGGAUGUGGGGGCCGAUGAGGAAGACAAGUCGAAGCUGGUUACAACGGGAAUCCCGGUGGUGAGGAAUCGGCAGCUGGCUCUCUCUGAGGAUAACGUUGGCUCGCUGGGGACGGGGAAAGGUUCAACAGGAUUAAACCGUGCCACGGGUGUCAGGCGAUCGUUCAGGAAGGCCCCGGAGCACCCAGUGGAUGAUAUCGACAAGAUGAAGGAACGAGCGGCGAUGAACAACUCCUUCAUUUAUGUGAAGAUCCCCCAGGUCCCGCUGUGCGUCAGCUACAAGGGUGAGAAGAACAUUGAAGACUGGAAAGACUUUAAUCUGGUGUUGCCGAGCCUGGAAUAUCACAACAACACGUGGACCUGGCUGGACUUUGCCAUGGCCGUCAAGAGAGACAGCCGCAAGGCCCUUCUGGCUCAGGUCAUCAAGGAGAAGCUGCGACUGAAGCCCGCCCUGGGCUCGGACUCACGGACCCGCCUGUCGGAGAGCAAGGUGGAGGGGAACCUGCAGCAGGAGGAGGAUGAGAAAGCCCGCUUGCUGAUCGGCUCCAAGCUCAGCUCCAGCGACAAGACCAGCACCAAAAAGUCCCUGUUCGGCAAACGCAAGUGAGAGGGGAGGCGGGAGAGAAACUAGCUGUUUCCCCCCCCCCACCGCCUCCUCUGUCAGUG